AUGUUAUUAGACUUGCAAUCCUACGCACGAAAAUCGAGAUACGGAGCCUUACAUAGUGAAAAAGAACCAGGAGAAGUGAUCGGUGUAGAACCCACCUUCGACGAUAUUCUCGAAAUGUCAGAAUUUGGAGUGUCAGAAGAUCCAGAUGCACCCGGGGAUUCUGAUCACAUCACAGCUCUGCCACCUCAGAGUCAACUGGCAAAAUGUUUGAAGGAUUUACAGAACUACCGCGCCACACCUCGCGACGUGGCUAGUAUCGUCUCAGACCGCCCUCGAUUAACGCGUUACCUUCAGACCUCAUUCGAAUACAUUGCGAGUCAGAGGAAGACAUGGCAUGAAGUUUCGCGAAUUCAGUCCGACGGUCGGAGCCGUCAAGGCCAGAUUCUUGAGAACAUCGAAACCAAACUCGCCCAUCUAGUGGGAAAAUGUAGGGUUUUGGAACGAGAACUUAGCAGAGAUAAAAAAUCAUACACAAUCCAAGGGGAAGUGAAGGAGCGGCUGAAAAAGAAUCAAAGUUCAUUGACGUAUUUGCCCUCGCCGUGUGCUACCGCAGGAUCUUGCUCUGACACUAGACUUGCACAUGAUUUCAAUAUCGAACUCGAUCAACAAAUAGAAGAAUUAUCGACGGCGGGCAAUAUGGUUUCGGAAGUAACGACACAGGAGUUGGCGUUGCAGCUCAAGGUUCGCCUAGAGACGUUCCAAUGUUGGCAUGAGAAGGACGAUAUGAAACUCAGCAACGCUGAGCAACUGGCGGAGGAGUGCCAAGAGUCGUUUGAAACCGCAGUCCGAGCCGUGGUGUGGGGGCACGAAAACUUUCCGGAUUUCCAAGGGUUGCUGGAGGACUUGAGGUUGAAAAUGGCACAGAGAGAAGAGUCAUUGGUUACCAGGUGUCUGAGGGAUAUCGAGAAAGUCGAAAGGAUGGAUAUCAUCGGCGGUACAAACACCGAUAAACCAGACGAUCAACUCGUUUAA